CAAUAGUUUUCUGAUAACAGGUUAUCGUUGUGUAUUCUGUUUAUCGUAAAUCGUGGUUUAGUAUAAGUUCUAUGUUAUGGAUAGAUCUAUAACCGUGAUUACAACUACAAGAUAUGAGACACGACACACGAGUUUCAUUUUCAAAUUUUUGAUAGUUACUUCAGUUUUUAAUCAUUUCUGACCGUUGUUUUUAUUCUUUUUAGUUGACGCUGUGUUUAAUUAACAUUAUAAAUAUUUUUUUCGCGCUAUAUGUUUUUUUUAUUCGUGAACAUAUGGAGGAACUUUCCAGUCAACCCAUUUGUAUCUGUAAUGAAUGUACAAAAAAAACAUUUCUUUCAUUUCCAAAACUAUGCGAUAUUGACGUUUGUUUGAAUCAUUUAACCGAAGUAGACCUGAGCUCUAGUAAUAUUAGUAAAUUACCCUAUUUAAUCGGAAAUCUUGUUAAUAUUGUCAACCUUAAUUUAUCUUCAAACAAAUUGGAAACACUGCCUCAGGCAUUAACCAAAUUUGACCAUUUAACAGAUCUAAAUUUGUCUAAUAACAAUUUCAAACUGGUGCCUCAAUGUUUAAUUGAUGGGAUGUCUUCAGUAUCUAAACUCGAUUUAUCCCAUAACAACCUCUUACAUAUUAAUAAAAAACCAUUUUGUAUUCAACGAUUAGUAAAUUUAAAUAUUAGUUACAAUAGUUCUCUUGAGAGUCUUCCGAAUUGGUUAUGGUCAAUUGAAUGUAUUUCAUUAAAGUUUUUAGAUAUUUCAUUUACAAAUUGUUUAAUGAAUGUUGAAUCGGAUCCUUAUUUAAACAUGUAUGGUAUCAGUAAUCAUUUGGAAAAUUUGAAUAUUUCUGAUACAAAUUCUGAUGUACUUAAAUUAGAUUUCAUCAAACAUUUAAAAAAACUUAAAACUCUAGUUGUAGAUAACAAAGAGAAAAUGUUUAGUAAACAAAAUUGGUUUAAUAAUGUACCACUGGUGUUUAACUAUAGAUUCAAAUCCAUUACUUGCCUAAGUAUGAGCAAUGUUUGUUUAACUAACAUUGGAGACAAAUUAUAUUUUAGUUUACCCUAUCUACGAAUUUUGAACUUGUCCAAAAAUUACAUUGCGUACCUACCCGAUACUUUGAGUGAAUUAAAAAAUUUAGAAGUUUGUGACUUUUCAAAUAAUCAAAUUUUAAUAAUUCCCGAAUGCUUUAAAGAUUUGACAAAUUUGAAAAGAUUAAUAUUAAAUAACAAUGAUGUAGGUAUGAUUGAUAUGUAAAUACUAUUUGAAAUAUAUUAAUUUGAUUAAUUUUUUUAGCUAUCAACAUUUCCACAUUUUCUAGAAGACCUACCAAACCUAGAGUAUUUGGAUUUAUAUUGUAAUAAUAUAAUUAAAUGUCCGCAAUUGAAUUUAAAUUCUAAUAUUAAAUCAAUUGAUCUUGAACGUAAUAUAUUUUCCACUAAAAAGAGCAUUGAUCAAAACUCUAUAGUAAGUAUUAGGUAAUAUAAAUAAUAAAGAUUGAAUGUUACAAACUAUCUUUUUAAAAACAGCAUUUUUAAUAUAUAAUUUUUAACCUUAAAAUCUAUACGUAUUUCUUAAAUAUGGUUACAUUUAUAACUCUUGUCAUUAUUAAUAAUAAUUCUUUAAUGAUAAAAAUAUAAUUUAAACAGUACAGUCAUAUAUUUUUUAUUAAAAUCCAUAAGGUAUUGUCCACUGAAUUCAUAACUGAAACUAUCUAAUAUUUUUCAUUAUCGUCUGUAUUCAAUCUAGGGAUUGGCUUACAGUAACUUUCAUAUUUACCUUUCUUUUAAUUUCUUAAUAUUAAUUUCAUCCUUGGUCUUUUACUAUAAGUUGGGUGUACUCUAAAUGUUAUAUAUUUGCUAUAGUUAUUCUACAUACCCUUCAAUAAUUAGUCCAAAAAGCCCUUCAUACAUUCACAUGGUCAAUCCAUUUAUUACUCCUUUUUUUAAUGCAUCUCCAAAUGCCUAGAUCUUUUCUCCAUCAUUCUUUUAGUACUUCUUUUGUUACCAUAUCCAUCCAACCUAUUCUGAACAUUCUUCUAUUACACCAUAUCUCAAAACCAUCUAUUGUCUUUUGUUUUCCUUUUUUGACUGUCCGUGUUUCUCUAUCAUAUAACAUUAUACUCUAAAUGUAAGUUUUAAGGAAAUUAUUCCUUUCAAACUGAUAUUUCUUAAAGUAAAGAAGUCCUUUUUGUGGUUAAAUACCAUUUUUGCUUGAUAUAUUAUUUUUAUUUUAUCAUUUCUUACUACUUCCAUCCACAUUUGUAUACUCUUAAUAAUAGUUUUUUUUUUUUUUAUAUUCUUAAUAGGUUCAUUAUGAAAAGAUGUUAAAUAAUUUACGUUUAUCAAUAAAUGAAAACCGUAUGACAGGGUCUUUAAUUUGUACUGGUGCUGAAGAUGAUGCAGAACCCUUCAAUGAUGAAUCAAGUACUUCAAGUAAGAAUGGUUGAUUAAUAGUACAAUAUUUUGCCUAUUAUAAAUAAACAAUUUUCAAUUAAUAUUAUCGAUUAUCGUUUUUAAUUUCUGUCACAGUGAUUUAUGUGCAAUCAUAUAUUAAUUUAUUUUAAUAAUUUUCCAGGCAGCUGGUGGUCGUCUGAACAUAAUAGUUUACACAAUACAAAUGAGUGAGUUAAUGUAAACAUUACAUUGUUGUGAAAUAAUUGUUCCUUUAUGUUCUGAUAAGAUUAUACAAAAUUAGCUAUAACUUUCAUAAUUAGUUAAAUGAUGUCCUGUAAUUUAUUUAUUUCAAAAUUACUUAAAUUGAAUAUUUAUACAAAUUACAAUUCAACUAAAAUAAAUUGAUAUGGUAUUAAGUACUUAAAAUUAUUUUUAUAUAAUUUAUAUAAAAUGUUUACAAGUAUUUUAAGUAAAGUAUAAUAAAUAAUAAUGUUUAUUUCAAUAAACUUUUAAACAAUUAUAUAGGGUGAAAAUAGUUUAUGUUCAGUCAAAUAAAAAUAUUUUUAUUUUUUUUUGGGGGGGGGGGGGGGGGGUAUCUGGUCUUAGACCAUCGUGUCUUGCAGUCUAUUCUCCAACUAUUUAUAUUUAAUGUCAGGACCUUUCAGUUUGACCCAUCUCUUGGUACUUCCGUGUCCUUCUCAGAGACGUGCUCACGGUGGGAGGAUGAGAAUGUCAUAUUCUCCCCGUGAAUUUUUUUUUUUGCAUUUGUUUCAAGUUUCUUGGUAGUUUUUUCGGAAAUAAAGUAGUACAUAGUUGGUUUUAAUUUUUAGUCAUGUUAAUUAAUAUCAUACAUAUAAAAUAUAUUUAGUAUAUAUAAUAUAUAUAUAUAUAUAUAUAUAUAUAUAUAUAUAUAUUUAUAAUAUACAUUACAUACAAUAGUAAUAGUAAUUAUCUAUAGAUAAUGCAUAAAUAUUAUAAAAAAACUACCAAUAUACUAUUGCAAUAUUUCAGUCCAUUAUAUUCUGAUAUUUAUGUUAUAAACGCGACCAUAGGCAUAUAAAUAUAUUACCAUUAGUUUUUUAUAGUUAUGCAGUUUUUAUCUAUGCUAUAAUAACACUUAUAUUAAUACAUAUGUCUAAUUGCUUAAAUAUUUUUAAUAAUUUCAUAUUUUAGAUUCUGAGUGGAGCGAAGGAGUUUAUAGUUUUACAGAGAUGUUUAUUUUUUUUUCCUAUGAUCAUCUUUUCUACUAUAAAUUUUGCUCUGAUUUAUAAUGAUAUCACUUUUUUGAAAGGAAAUAUAAGGAAGGUACUUUAGGGAAGUCAUUUUACUAUUUUCUCAGCAAAUGUGUAAAAUCGAAAAAUCUGAGGAAAAACAUGAAAAUCUCAUUAAACAUGGUACAUUAAACAAAUAUUAUUGAAGAAUAUAUAUAAUGCCUAUUUAAUUAUUUUACCAUAAUAUGACAUAUAUAUUGUUGCCAAAGCAUCACUAUUGACUGAACUCCGCUCAGAAUCUUUUUUUUCGUUAACAGUGAUUUAUCGUUGCUUACAGGUAUACGUUAAAUUACCUAUAACAGUGGCUGCACUUGACCUCAUUAUCCUAGAACAGCUUUUUUAAGACUAAAAGUAUACAUGUAAACGAUAUAAACUUAUUUGUGAACUGUAGAUUAUCAGAUGAUGGUAUUUCAGGCCUUUUAGAUUCUUGCUGCUACAGUUGAAUAGAAUGGGUGACAUCAUCUUAUCUUAGGCUAAAUUUUACUGCAACUGAAUCUCACUGACUUCAUGUAUCCGACUUUCAUUUUAACCAUGAUUUCUCUGAUGAUAAUUGAAAUUAACUAAGAUAAGGGCUAGAAACAAAUUGAUCUGAAUCAAUUAGCAUUAACUAUAUCCUAUCAACUUAUUAUAUUUUAAAUUAUAUGCAGAGCAAGAUUUUUAAAGUAAGGCAGCUUUCCCACUAACACAGUGUGAUUAACGCGAAAACUAGUAAAAUAUCAAAAAAAUACAGUGUUCAACAAGGUUCUUGUUGAUUUACACAUUAAAGUGCUUGUGGUUCUAUUAUAAACAUAAGUAAAACAGAUACAGUAAAAAUAAUCAGUUUCAUCAGUUGCAUCUUGUCAAUCGCAUCAUCCUAGUGAGAGAAGUACUUAAUAGUUUUUAAUUGUUCAAUAUUUAACCCCCAAUUACUAAGAAAGUAGAAAGUCCAAAAGUUUCAUAAAAAUACUUUGUAGUACAGCUAUAUAAAAUAAUAAAUAAUAAAUUAUAAGCAUGUUUUAAAAACUUAUUUUUCAAAAAGUGGAAAAUUAAUCAAGUGCCAAAAUUUUAAUUUCUAACUACAGAAUCGUUUUCCAAAUCCAACAAUUAACCAUUGUUCUCAAUAUUUAACUACCAUUUAUUUUUAUUUUUGUAAUAAUUUAUAUAACUAUAUAAAAAAAAAAAUCAUGUAUAUAUUUUUCAUUUCAGAGAACUUGAAGAAGCUGUUGAUAUUCAGCCAGAAGAAUAUUGGGAUGACAACUCCUAUGAAAUGACUACUGGUUUAUUUGAUCCAAAAGGUCAACAAUUACAUUACAUUAUUAUUAUAUAUUCUUCUGUACAAUUUAAAAAUGUUUAGGAAUAAACAGUCUUCAAUUCCUUUAAAAAUUUAAAUUAAAGAUGUACAACAUUUAAAAAAUAAAAAUGAUAAUCAAUUUUUGGACAAUUAUUAAUUAUCACUUUUACUAUUUUCAUUGACUUCUGAAUCCAUACAAUAUUCUAAAUUCAUUCUUAUAAUGAUUAUACAUUUAUACAUUGUUAAUAUUUCUAUUAGUGGUGAACCGAUAUGACUUUUUUUUCUGAUAUUCAAAUUAUCUGAUUUGUACCCAUAUAAUUUAAAUUUAUUUAUUACAUAAAAUAUAUUAUAUGCAGUAAGUAACAUGUUUAUUAAACUAAGGUCCUUUUUUUUGAAAAAAUAUCAGAUCUGAUGUAGGUUAAAAAAAAAUACUGAUUUUCCGAUAUUGCCAUUAUUGGUUGAUAUACGAUAUCCUCAACCCUAAUUUCUAUGUCUAUCAUUAAAUUAUAUAAUUUACUUUAUCAUAUUUUAUACUAUUAUGAAAAAUGUUGUCACUUGUUAAUUUACUCAGAUUAACAAAUAUAACAUUUUUAAGUUAUUUAUACGAUGUAUUUCAUUUUAUAUUUAUAUUUAAAUUUGUCCUUUAUAGAAUUAUUUAAUACAAAAAUGAUGUAAUAUCAGAUUUACUCAUUUUAUUCUUUGGCAUUAUUGUUAUGUGGUUAUUUGUACUUUUUAAGUAGUAUGAGAUUUUAUACCUCAUUACAUCAAAUUGGGCAUAUUUGUUUUAGUCAUUUAAUUGAUGAUAAACAACCUAAUUUAAAAACUUUAAUACUCAAUAUUUAUUAAUAGCCAGUAAACUAAAUUAUUGCCUAUGUAGAUUUACAACAAUUUGCUGCCUCUUGAAAUAAUUAACCACCAACUCUGUUAAUUAUAACACUUUUAGUAGUUUAUUAUUUUAAAUUAUUAUACAUUUGUUUUGUUAAUUUUUUAGAAUUUGAAGUUAGUUUAUUGAAUGAUUUAAAAAUGGAUGAACCUUUAACUUUGGAUGAAAAAUCUAAUGAAAAAAGGAUUAUUAUAAAUGCCAUGCGUUCAUGUAAUGAACAUUAUUUUUGUCCACAUGAUGAACAUACUAAAAUACUGAAAACUUAGAAAAUAUUGUGUAAUUUAUUGUAAGUAUUUAUUUCAUUAUUUGUUUGUAUAAUUUGAAAAAAUAAAAUAAAACCCCUACACAUUAGUGUAGGGGCUUUGUUUUAUUUUAUUCAGAAACACAAUUCACAACGCCAAUGAAAACUCUCCAAAAUAUUUAUAUUAUAAGCUAAAUCUUUUUUAUUUUUAUAGAUAAAUUGGUUAAGUUAUUUAAAAUAGCGUGUAAUUGUAUGUAUAAUAUCUAUUAUACUUAUAACAAGUACAUACAUUUGUAGAUCAUGAUAAUAUUUCAAAAUAAUUAUUUAUUUUAUUUUAAAGGAAAAGUUUUCACUGAAGAAGGAAGCUCAUUGAAGAAGAAAAGUAAUCCGACUAAGCUGUAGAAUAUAAAGUGAUUGAAUAGAAUACACAAUAUACAAAUGUUUCAAGGUAUUUUUUUUUUUUUAAGAAAUUUAUUUUAUCAAUAUAUUUCCACACUAUUGUUUUAUUGUAUUGUUUGUAUUGCUCGUAUUAUUUAUAUCACUAAUGUAUUAAAUAAAUGAUUUAGUUUUAUCAUUUAAAAUGUAGUUUAUUUUAAUUUUCUAUACAAUAAUAAUAACAAUUCAUUGUUUAUAUUAUUUAAUAUUGACUCUAUUCAGAAUUAGAGCAUAUCGAUUACUAGUUUAUGCAUGCACACUAUUUUUAACUGUUCAAACUUCCACUGUUUAACCAGUAAUCGCUGACUGUAUGCCAUUAUAUGUGCAAACUCUAAUGUGUUUCGUUUGCUUCCGGAUGUACUCUUAUUCUGAAUAGAGUAUAUCAUAUAAAUCUGACAGAAAUAUUCCCAACAUACAAAUGAAUUUAAACGAAAUUUCUUUUCAAAAAUAAUCUAAUUAGAAUUCAUCAAAUUAAAAUAAAUUAUUUAUAUCUAAUAUUGAUAUUUAUUUUAAUAAUUCUGUUUACCAAAUAAAGUGAGUUUAAAUAUAUGUUAAUAUUUUAAAUACUCUGAAAAAGUACAUAAAAAAAUAUAUUUUAAAAUUAAAAGGGAGAUUUAAAAGCAGUCUAGUUUUUCUAAAUUUUCUAAAUAAAAUUAUACUUAUUAUUAAAAAAAAAUUAUUUGCGUGUUAGUCGUAUUUUGUAGUUUUAAAAAAUUGUUUUUAAUAGUUAAGGAACAUUAGAAUAAGGACUUUUAAAUUCUUCUACCGUUUUUGCAAUAUUAAAUAUUUGAAAUUCUGAGUGUAGCGAAGAAUGUAUUGGUUUUACAAAAGAUGUUUAUUUUAUUUUUUUAUACUGUGUACAUACAUUUUACCAGAAAUCUUGCUCCUAAAUAUCAAAUAUAGCACCUUUUCUGAAAAUAAAACUGACUGGGGUGGGUACUUUAAAAAGGUUGUUUUUUAUUUUCCCAGUUGUUAUAAUAAAUGGAAACAAAUGUAGGACAAAAUGGGAAAAUAGGUACAAUAUUUAACAAAUAUUAUUAAAAAAAAACAUAAAACGUAUAAUAUGUAAUUAUUUUUUCACAAUAUGACGUAUAUAUAUUGUUGACAAAGUAACAUUAUCAACAGAACUCUGCUUAGAUUCGUUUUUUUAUUUACAGAUAUACAUUAAAUUUCCCCUCUACUACCUUCCCAACUUCUCACUUACAACAGUUACCCACGUGCAAAGUAUGUCUGUCCUUUUUUUAAAUGUUAAAUGCUUUUUGUGGAUUUUAAGUGUAAUAAGUCUCUAAACUUACUACCUGAUACCUUACUAACUUAAUGUCAUCUUUUCUACUUUGUAUUAUGAAAACUAAAAUGCUAUAAUGAAACAUCAAUAUUACUACCACAGAAACAAGAUAUGAAUUUCUGAACUAUUUGUUAUAACAGUUUUAAAAAUAUAGUAUGUUAAAAUGUAAUAUAGUGUACAUUAUUAUGGAUUUGUAAAAGUAACUUUUGAGAAAUACUCGACUAUACUAGUCAUUAUGUAUAAUUUAUGAUUAUUAUUUAUAAUUUUAUAUCUUAAAUCUCGAUUUAUAUCAUUAUCAAAGUGCAAUUAACACAGGAACUUAAGCCAGGGGACCACGAAAAAUGACGGCAAUUCAUUGAAUGGAUUCUGGAAAGAGAACAAGAGAACGAGGGUUUCGCAAAUCGCAUUAUUUUAACCGAUGAAGCUCAUUUCCAUUUAAACGGGUUCGCAAACAAGCAGAAUUGUCAAUUAUGGGGAUCUGACAACCCAAGAGUGAUCCAUGAAAAAGAAAUGCAUCCUCAGAGGGUUAUGGUUUGGUGUGUAAUUUGGAGUGUGGGUUUGAUUGGUCCUUACUUUUUGUUUGGACCAAAUGAACAUUGAAAAUGUAUGGUUUUAACAAGACUGCGUAAGUUGUCACACUUCAAGAGAAACAAUCGCUCUGCUCCGUGAGAAGUUUCUGGACAGACUAAUCUCGUUGUGUGGAAACCAAAGCUACCCACCUCAAUCUUGCGACUUGACGCCGUGUGAUUUUUUCUUAUGGAGAUACUCUAAGUUACGAGUUUACCAGAACUAAGUAUGAAAUGUAUUUUAACUUAAGCAAGAAAUUCAUCGUGUCCUUUACGAACUUGAUAAGGAAAUGUGUGAUCGAGUGAUGGUAAAUUGUAUGGAAAGAAUAAUCGCCUGUAGGGGGAGUCAUAUAAACGAUAUUAUUUUUCACUGUUAAACCUAAACUUCUCUUGAAGAGAAUGAUAUAUUUGUUAUAUUUUUUUAAGAGAAAUAAAUUUAAUUUAUAGCAGAUUUAAAUCCGCCGUUCUUUUUGAGAAACACUUUAUUAUUAAAUAUUUAGGAAUGAUAAAUGUGUAUUAUUUACUGUUAAUGUAUAUCAAAG